UUUCUUCAUCUUCCUCCUCUGUCAAGCAAGAAUCUAUACCGAUUUUGUUACAGGCCGGCAAAGUUCUGCACUUUCAUGUCGUCUGCAUUGAAUUACAUCUCACUCUCACUCACUGAACUGAGUGAGUGUACUGUUGAAUGAGUGAUUCUUUAUUCUUUCAUGGGUGCCUCUGCUUUCCUCCCACGCUUUUCAUUUUGGUUUUCGCACCCGCUAAGUGUUUGUAUAAAUGCCGCAUAGAGAUUAAUUCAUUUGGAGUGCUUAUUGAGCAAUGGAGAGGUUGCGUGUUGUCAUAGUUUGCUUUUCUAUUGCGUUUGCAUCCACUGUUGUGGCUGUUCCAAGUGAUGUUGGGAUUCACUCGAGAAGAUUGAUGUUUGGAAUCAGUGGAAGCUCAUCCCGUGAGUCCUUGAAGAAGGUGAAACUUCAAAUUCAAGAGGGGUUGAUUUCAAAACCCCAAUUGAAAUACUUGAAUGUUGAACCAAAUGCUGUUAGUAUUAACUCUCCAUUCUCUCUGCCUCCUUUUGAUUCACUUGGACCAUCCCCAUUGCCGGAAAACUCUCCUCCUUUCUGUGAAGAGGCACCGCCCUAUACUCCUCAGCCGCCAUCACCACCACGACCGGCAGGUGGUCUGCCACCUCCGCCGCCAUCUGGGAUGAUCUAUUCCUCCCACAUGCCCCCACCACCGCCAGCUUCUCAGCCCAAUGUCCCUACUAGAAGCCGAAGCCCACCACCACCAACCCCACCCAGCAUCAUUCCCAUAACCCCCCCUCCACCACAAACCACACCCACCAUCAGUCCCAUAAUCCCGUUAGUCCCUUUAACCCCAUUAGCUCCAUAUCCUCCGGGGAACGUUUCCAGCCCCAUCCCACCAACUGGGCCUCCAAGCCCACCUCACCACUAUGGGCCUAGCCCACCUAAACAUGCUUCUGGGCCACCCAGUUAUGGGCUGAGCCCACCAGUGUUUCUGCCACCAGUAGUGCUCCCUCCCCCAUCUGGUCCACCUCCUGCAUCACAUGGAGGGAAGCCAAUUUCCUCUGGUGCAGCAUGGUGCGUGGCUAAGCCCACUGUACCUGAUCCAAUAAUUCAACAGGCGAUGGAUUAUGCUUGUGGGUCAGGUGCCGACUGCAAAUCCAUUCAGCCUAAUGAGCAUUGCUAUGAACCUGACACUGUUCUGGCACACGCCUCGUAUGCUUUCAAUAGCUAUUGGCAGAACACUAAGGCCACUGGUGGCACCUGUGACUUUGGAGGGACUGCCAUGCUUGUAACUGUGGAUCCAAGUUUUGAAGGGUGUAAGUUCGUCCUCGUUUGAGAUUAGAAAUGGAGACACACACAGUUGGUUCGCCAUUUUUGACAUUUUGAAUAAACAAGCAAACAAACCAAGUGCUGCUGCCAUGCCAUCUCCCUUUCUAUUCAUUCAUUUUCAGACUUAGACUGAUUCAAUUUCAGGCUUAGAGAUCUAUGAUCAUACUCUGUAUUUCUCAAUCAAGGAGCCAUCAAGUUUCUUUGUCUUCUAACUUCAAUUCCUUUCCCAUUAAUACUAGUGUAUGUUUGGGUUACCUCUUAAUUCAAGCAUGUUUUUAAUAAAAA